AUGCCUAGCAGCAGCACGCUCUCGACGAGCUGCGUAGCGACCUGCGGCGAAGCCUUCCAAGGUCUCUGCGCCUUGUACCUGGGCGAGUCGGCCGCCACGGACUGCCCGGCCGCGUCCACCAUGGCGCCCUGUCAGCGGUCGUCGCGGACAACGUACUAUCAAUGCUUCAACGUUACUGGCACGUCGCUGACGCUUGCGCUCGGGAGCGAGCCGAGCUCGGAGACGCCCGUGGCCAACGUCGGCGCUGUCGGCGCCUUGGAGCUGGGGCCGCUCACGUCUUUGGCCUUGCGCGGCCAGGGCAGCACGCCACGGCCCAUGGUCUUUGCGAAUAGCUUCCUCGCGCGCUCAACAGCACUCACCCAUCUUACGCUCUCGACCCUCGCGGUCCCAAUGUUUCCGUCAAAGCAGCUGCCAACGACGCUGCAAUCACUCGAGCUGAUCAAGUGCAACCUGACGACCUGGCCCGUCACCGACGCGCUCGUCAACCUCACCGCCCUCGAUCUGAGUGACAACCAGUUUCACAUUCUGCCCGCAGCGAUUUCCACCGAGCUUCCGCGCCUCCGCGCUCUGAACUUGUCCAAGAACCCGCUGAGCUUGCAAGAGCUCCAGGCGCCAGCGACAACAACCUUCUUUGCGCGCCUCAAUACAUUUACCGUCGACGUGCAUCUCUGCGGCGGCAGCCUCGUGACUUCGUUUACGAGCACGUCGGCCCUCGCCGCUGCGUCGUGCACCGCGUCCGACAAGGAUUCGGCGCUGACCGCAGCCACAUCGCCUUCGCUCCUCUCCCCGUCGGUGAUUGCGCUCAUCGCGGUGGCCGGCGUCGUUGCCAUCCUCGGUAUUUUGCUUGUGCUCUGGCGCUGCAAGCGCGCGCCGCGGCCCGAAGCCACGCGUCCCAUGGAGCGCGUUGCUGACGACGACGACCAAGAUACGACGUACUUUCCCGGUCCCAAGACGAAAGCCUCCUCCACGCAUGCCACGUCAUCGGUCCGGCCAGGGCUCGUGUCGUCGCUCAAACGGGUUGUGGACCCGGCCAUGACGGCCCUCGCCACCAAGUACACAGCAGACAGCGAGCUCCACGAGCUUGGCCUUCCGAGCGCAUUUGUCGUUCCGACGCGGCUCCUCGCGCGCUCAAACGACCGCGUCUACGAGGUCUGGCUCGGCGCGUUUGAAGACACGCACGUUGCUAUCAAGAAGCUCGCGCCGCACGUCACCGACGUCGAGAGCAGCGCAUCCGCGCUCUACGACGAGCUCAAGGGCCUCGCACGCUUCUCGCACCCCAACAUCGUGCGCGUCGUCGGUGUCGUCUUGCCGCCAAGUGGUGUCGCCGGCGUGUUUGCCUAUUGCGCGCACGGCGACCUCCAAAGCGUCCUCGCCACCCACAGCCUCCAGGACGACGCGUGGAGCUGGUUUGAGCGCAAGGUUGGACUCGCACUCGGGCUUGCACGGGCGCUGGCGUACCUCCACGCGCAGUCGCCCAGUGUGAUUCAUCGGGACGUGCGCGCGCGGAGUGUCCUUCUCGACAGCCGGUAUCGGUGCCAACUGAGCCACUUUGGCUCGGCGCGAGCGCGCUCGAUUCUCGAUACGAUGACGCAGGACGUGGGGACGACGCAGUGGACCGCGCCCGAAAUGCUGCGUGGCGAAGACUACUGCGAAGCCAUUGACGUCUACUCGUUUGGCGUCGUGCUCACCGAGCUCGCGACGCAUGCGCUUCCGUUCCAUGACUAUGCCCACCACGACGACCCGAAGCGGGUGCUGGUGCAAGAGCUCAUGACGGGCCGCGCGGUGCCGAGCUUUGGCGACCACUGCCCCGAAGAGGUAUCUCGCCUUGGCCGGCAGUGUUUGCAGCUGGACCCGUCCAAGCGGCCGCCGAUGGCAUCGAUUGUCGAGGCCCUCGAGCGCAUUGAGCGCCGGCAGCAGGAGGACGAGCAACACAAUGGAAUUCUGGUCUAACGUAGUAUUAUAAUGAUAUGAAUCGUGGUGGCGUGUCUAUGGCA